GGAACAAACCGAGAGAGGUCUGAAGGUAUCGGUUUGGGGCGUAUCGUGUCGACGGCAGUUAUGUUGGCGGUGUUCGAUCGGACGGUCGCGAAGAGCCCCGAGGGGCUGAGGAACCCGGAGGCGGGAGGCGGCGACGCGGCUGGCCGACGCCUGGUUGAUCACUUCGCGGCAGCGCGGGAGGGGGCGGUCGUCAUCAACCUCGGCUCCGCCGGGGCCUUGGCUUACGCGUCGGAGAAGCAGAACCCUCUGCUUCCGAGAUUAUUUGCUGUGGUGGAUGAUAUAUUUUGCUUAUUUCAAGGGCAUAUCGAGAAUAUAACUUCUCUGAAGCAACAGUAUGGAUUAGGCAAGACUGCAAAUGAAGUAAUCAUUGUCAUUGAAGCCUAUAAAACUUUGAGAGAUAGAGGUCCAUUUCCUGCAAGUCAAGUUCUGAGAGAUCUUGGUGGAAAAUUUGCUUUUAUUCUGUUUGAUUGCUCAUCAAAUACUGCCUUCAUUGCGGGUGAUGCUGAUGGGAGUGUCCCCUUCUUUUGGGGAGCUGAUGCCGAAGAUCAUCUUGUGCUUUCUGAUGAUGUGGACAGUGUAAAGAAGGGUUCUGGGAAAUCAUUUGCACCGUUUCCUAAAGGCUGCUUCUUUACCACAUCCGGGGGAUUGCAGAGUUUUGAGCACCCUCUCAAUGAGCUUAAGGCAGUGCCAAGGGUCGACAGCCAAGGCCAGGUCUGUGGUGCCACGUACAAGGUCGACGACAAGUCUAAGAAGGAUACUGGGAUGCCCAGAGUUGGCAGUGCCGCAGAUUGGUCUUCUCAAUUUUGACACUGCAGACAACUGCUUGCUGCCUUUGUUGUCUUUGCAUUGAUAUAUUGGACUGUGUUGUUACCAUUGGAAGUCGCAUGUUUCACUUUGUUAUUAUGCACAUCUUUAUGAGAGUGCUUAUAUGCUUUUACCAAAAUAACUUGUUGUGACAAAGCAUCAUAGUGAUGUUUUGGAUCCACCACCUGCAUGGAUCCCUGAACCUUUUAUGUAGCAGUUAAAAUUGUCCUACUUGUAUGUGGAAAAGAAAGGGUUUCUUUUAA